UAGCCGUUUUGGCUUGUCAUCCACUCAUUUUCGAGCCAUCAUCCAUCGUCGCAAAACAAGGCAUUUUCAGGCGUUGAUUAUUUUGCAAUAUGUUCCGCAACCAGUAUGAUUCCGAUGUGACGGUUUGGAGUCCUCAAGGCAGAUUGCAUCAAGUGGAAUACGCGAUGGAGGCCGUUAAGCUUGGAUCAGCAACCGUUGGAUUGAAAAACAAGGAAUAUGCUGUGUUAAUAGCAUUGAAACGUGCCUCAUCGGAACUUUCGUCAUACCAAAAAAAAAUUAUAUCGGUGGACGAUCAUUUGGGUCUUUCGUUUGCUGGCAUAACGGCUGAUGCGCGAAUUUUAAGCCGUUAUUUGCGGCAAGAGUGUCUGAACUACAAGUACGCCUAUGAUGCGUUUUAUCCAGUUGGUCGUCUUAUCAGUACCCUUGGCAACAAAAUGCAAGUAUGCACGCAGCGAUAUGACCGGCGACCGUACGGUGUUGGUCUUUUGGUGAUUGGAUUUGACGAUCAAGGCCCCCACAUUUACCAGACGUGCCCGAGUGCAAAUUUUUUCGACUGCAAGGCUAUGUCAAUUGGGUCACGCUCUCAAAGUGCGCGAACUUAUUUGGAGAAGCACCUUAAUACCUUUUCCGAAUGCACAAAAGAUGAAUUAAUUCGGCAUGGCGUACAAGCUCUUCAAGAUACUUUGCCCAAUGAAGUUGAUUUAAACACUAAAAAUAUAUCAAUCGCAAUUGUUGGUAAAGAUGAAAAAUUCACCAUAUUAUCAGAAGAGGAUAAUGACAAAUAUCUAAACAAUAUUGUUCGUCGAGGAGGAGGAGCUUCUGAAGUUGCCGGGGGAAACCAGGCUCCGAGAGAUGACGGAGACGAUCAACCACCAAACGUACCAGCCGAUCCGAUACCGAUUGUUGCGAUGGAGACAUAAUCAUUUAGAAACAGGAACAAUUCUGCUAACUACUUUUGAAGCUGGUGCAUUUCCAGCGAAAACACAUGUGAACUUCUAUCGGAACACAUAAAUAAACGAGAACCUUCGUUUUGCAAGUA